AUGAAUACUACGGCGGCGCCCUACACACCUCUCGAGUCCCUCCUGCUAUUUCGCGGAAUUGCCCAGUACGGCCCCGACCCCGCCGCCUUUGUCCGCAUCUCGGAGACGCUUCAGGGCAUCAGCCAAAUCAAGAAUGGAUCGACUUUCGAUCCCGCAAGACUUAGACCUGAGCCUCUACAGGACCACUUUCUGCGCCUUGUCGCCGACGAGCUGAAGCUAGAGGGCGACGCCGCCUCGCGCGUCGAUGGCCCUCUGUCGCCUACGUCCAAGAAGCGCGGGUUGCAGCUCCCUCUGCCUCUGACCAUCAAGGAUGCCUUCCGCCAUGUCGACAAGAUUGAGGCCACCUAUGUCAAGGUAGAGAAUGUCUAUGUGCGAAGCACCAUUGAGGAAAUAAAAGAGAUGGAAUGCCGGUAUUAUGAGGUAAAGGAGGAUAUUGAUGAGCUCGAGAAAAUUGGCGCCGAGCAGGAUGUUGGACAGCCCACGCACAAGAGUCACGAGGCCACCCAGGCACUCGCCGUCAAACCUGAGAACGGGUUACCUAACGGCAAUGUACUGCCUCCGCAACCGCCCCAGUUUUCGGCCCCGCAGGGCAUCCGAAAUGGCCCUCGGCCCCGGCAGCCUUCACCUGCGAAGCCCGAGCUCGCUCCGGCUGCUCCGGCUGCUCCGGCUGCUCCGGCUGCUCCGGCUGCUCCGGCUGCUCCAGCUGUCCCAGCUGUCGCGACAUCCAUGGCACCCCUAACGGUCCCAACGACCCCUCAAGCUCUUGCAGCUCGUCCCCAAGAAGGACCGAAACAUACAAACGUAACCCCUCAAGUUCUUCAGCCACCACAAGGGCUUCCUCCAUCCUCGCAGCCAUCCUACCCGCCAGCACCGCCAGUCGUGGCUGAAGGUCUUCAAAGGCCUGAGGGGACUUCACAACCUCUACAAACUUCACAACCUCUACAAACUUCACAACCUCUACAAACUUCACAACCUUUGUACCCGCGGACCCCCCAGCAACAAGCACCUCACCCCACGCCACGCCAACUGCAGCCGCAGACAAACAAGACAGCCCCGCAGCAAGUUCUGCUUGCUCCUCAGAAUGCCGGCCAGCAUCAAUACGCACAUUCCAUACAACCGGCGCCAAUAAGACCGGCACUGGAACCCACUGCGGGUGCAGGGAGAAAUGGACACCACCAGCCUAUUGCGCCAAUCUCGCCGUUGAUCAGAACUUCACAGUCACCCUACCAGCAACCGGUCCCAUCCCCAGGCCACCCCCCGGCUCGCAACACACCGGUGUCAUCACCAACCGCUCCGACAGUGCCCCCUACCCCUCCAGCCAUGAUUCCUCCGAGGCCUAGCCCUGGACUCGCUGCACCACCUCAGCCUUGGGUACAAACUCAGAACCUACAAGCGCCGCCGUCAUAUGGCCAGCCAAGCUUACCGCCCGACCCCGCGGGUCAUCUUCAAACCCAACAGCCGUAUGGCGUCACAACCCCAUCUCCGCUGGCUAGGAAAGGUCCUGCUUCUGCUUCCGGUGUUGAUCCUGGUUCUGGUCCUGGUCCCGGCCCUGGUCCUACACUGGGCCCUGCUCCUAGCCUUCCUCCCAUGACGCCUGCUCCGACUUUCCCCAUGAGAUUAGUUUCUGGCAGUGGUACCAGAUGGGGAUUAAAUGCUACCCCAUCUACCCCCAAACCUGGAGCUGAUUCUCGCACCGGGUACGAAGAAAUAGCUAGCCCCGCAUUCGAGCCUCUGAGCCCCGUUUUGCCAGAGGCAGAACCGCUCGUUGCUCAACGGCAAGAAUCAACUAGAAACGUGGGACCAAAACGUAAAGGGCGACCACGUCUCUCGCAGCGCGCACCGGAUGCCGUCACGCCUUCUCCUCUAUCCAUUCCGCCGGUCACAGUGCCAUCCGAUUCUGCAGCCGAUCUGCCAGCUCUUCCCACGCAGCCAACACCGAGAUCUAUGGACAAGCCUGGGUCGUCCGUCGUUAAGGACGAAGUGACUACUCCAAGGCCACAUUUCGAAGCAGGUGACACAAUUGCAGACGAGAGCACGCCCAGCCAGCACAAGGCUUCCCGCCUUACCAAGAGAAAGCGGGAACACGAGCAACCGCCUGAGGAGCCCGACGAGGGCAAGAAACCUGUCGAAGGCGAGGUUCUAUGGACUCGCGCUUUCAACAAGGUGAGCGGCUCGGCUAUGGAGCAGAUCAUACACCACCGAACCGGGAGUAUGUUUUCGGUACCCAUUCGAGAUAGGGAUGCGCCAGGAUAUCAUAAAGUGAUCCUGCAGCCCCAAGAUCUCAAGAGUAUACGCGUCGCCAUCAAUCAUGGUAACAGGGCAGCGGCUCAAGUGGCUGCUUCUUUACCCGGUGGCGAUCCCGGCAACAAAACGCUCUAUCUCCCUACGACUGAAGAAUUGAGACCCCCCAAGGGCAUCGUCAACAGCAGCCAGCUAGACCGCGAGCUGGCUCACAUGUUUGCCAAUGCCAUCAUGUACAACCCUGACCCCGGCCACGGGCCUGGCCCCACGUUCCUGCGUAACCUCGACGAGGUACAAGGCGACGGGGAAGAAGGCGGAGAGCACGUGCUCGGCUACAAGGUAGACGAGUUCGGCGUCGUCAACGAUACCCGCGCCAUGUUCGUCGAAGUAGAGAAGCUGCUUAGCGAGCUGCGCUCUGCAGAGGUGCGUAAAGGCGCGCGCCCCGGCGCCACCACGGGCACCAGUACUCGGCAAGCUAAGGAGGCUGCCGAGGAGCCACAGACGCCAGCGGCCGAGGCAGAGGCCGUGGGCAACGUGGUAAAAAGGCGAAGGACGACACGAGGUUGA